AUGACAACAGAAGAUACAAUGCCACUGAUGUCGCCAAUAAUGGUCAAUCAAAUUAAUUUAUCUGCUAUUCAAAACGAUCUAAUUGAUGACAAACUUUCUUCAAAUGAUAUUUGUACUAUGUUUAAUGAAUUUCUUCUUGCAUUUGAACACAUGGAAAAAAGUGGUGAAACGACAACAAAUAUGUUUUUAGAUGCUGUAGAAGAAAUAGCAAAUGCUGUUCUAGCAAUUUUACCAUAUAAAUUACUCGAUCCAAAAGUUCUUGCUCAUCCACUUAUACAUUUUCUAAAUCAAAUGCUUGUUGAUAUAUUAAGUAACUGGCAGACGUCUCAAAUGCGUCUAAACAUUCAAGAAUCGGACAUAUUUCUUAAGAUUGUACUUAUUUUUGUACAUGCUGCUGAACACGCAUCUACAACUAAUGCCGAUGCAGAUCGACAAAGAAUAACAGAUCUAUUAGUAACAAAAAAGUUUCUCAGUUUAGUACGUCAACAAAUUGAGGAUUGUGCUAUGCAUAAAUACGGUACUAAUGAUGAUCCAAAUAUAUGUACAUUAGGUUUGUUAGCAAUAAAGUUAUUACAAGGAUCUCCAUUCUAUCACAGUAUGGAACGAAAUGCAUGUUUAAUUGACGCUUUGGUGCUGAACUGUAUUGAUUCAUAUGAUUAUAUUCAAGCAGUACAUCAACUGCAAUAUGGCACGACACUUACUGAUAUCGAUCGUUUUCUUUUGUUUACUUGUUGGGAACAUAUGCCUGUAGCCUCGCUACCUUCACAAGAUUGGAUGAACUCAUUAUAUAAACCCGGUUUCGUUUAUAAUAUUUAUGAUGAACUUUUAACAGGAUUCGAACAUGCUCUUGAUCGACCACCACCUCUUACAUUUUCUAGUCUUUCUUAUAUUUUUGAACGAUAUCAACAACUUCUCAACGUUCCCCAACUACCUUCUGUCGAUAAACAUGCACCAAAUAUUAUUGAUCGUUUAAUCAAAAUUCUACAAAGUCCAUCAUCAAAUAAUCCUGAUGAUGAUGCAUUGAUUAUUCUUGCUUUAGAAACAUUCUAUAAUUUAUCGAAAAAUUCUGACAU